CCAGUGACCCGGAUGUAUGGCGGAUCCGGUCGGUUAGCAACAGCAGCGGCUGCAGGAGGGAUGCACAGACAGCUGUUACACUGCUAACACACCGACAGCCCGUUAGUUAUACUCCAACAACAUGCGGGACGGGCACACGCGCGUGCACGCUGCCUGAUCGAUCGGCCUCAUGGGAGACCGUCAGACCCGGCUCGCGGAAGACGUUUCUCGGCAGCUUGUGGACGGAGUGGAGCUAACAGGAUGCUAACAGGAUGCUAACAGGCUAACUGUCAGAAUGAAGUCUAUGGUAUGAAGAGGGUUUAAUCAACUUUAUUAACAGUUCAGCUUUGGGACAAUAACAGAAGACGUCAUGGACUCGCUGCUGGACUUUGAGGAAUGUGUUCAAGACUCACCUGAAUUCAGGCUGAAGCUCGAGCUGUUUGAGGCGGAUGUUUCUGAGCUCGAGACACAACUGGACAAGGCGAUGAAGCUGUGCGGGAGGAUGGUGGAGGCGGGACAAGCGUACAACGCAGCCAAUCAGCUGUUCCUGGCCGGCCUGGCCGAGCUCUCGGCGUGCCACGGGAAGGACGGCGUCAUCAGCAACUGUCUGAACCAGUUCAACCAGGGGCUGCAGGAGAUGGUCAACUUCCACACUAUGUUGUUGGAUCAGACUCAGAGAGCCAUCAGCCAGCAGCUGACCAACCUCUGCUCCCAGUAGGUCAACGCACACACACACACACACACACACACACACACAC